UAUGGGAAAAUUCUCCAAUUUUAUCUUUCUGAUCUCAUCACUGAUAUUGAAAUAGCAUUUAACUUAUCUCGCCUCUUAACAAAACAUAUUUACUGUUUUUAUAACUAUUAUAAAAGAAGGUAUAUAGAUAGCGAUCGCGUAAAUACGUUCCACAGAUGAGCAGUAUUGGUUUAAAUCGUUAAAAAAAUUUAGUCGCUGCAAUUUACUACAAUAAUGCCUAUACGUUUAAAUUUUAAAAAAUGGAUCGGUGGAUUUGUUGCGAUAGGUGGUGCAGCUCUUUUUUAUCCAAAUGAAAACGAUCAUACUCAAUCAUCAGAAAAACAAUCUUGGAUAAUACCUCCGUCAUCCUGGGGCAGAUGGGAUCAUAAUUGGGAUAGACGACAUUCAGAAUGGCUAGCAAAUGUAGCUAAAUUAAACAAUGAAAGUGAUAAAGAGUCACGUAAAAAGAGAUCUAUUACAAACGACAAACAACAAUCAAAUGUUAGACAUCACAUAAUUUUAAUCCGUCAUGGGCAAUAUAAUACAAAUGGUAAAACGGAUUCAGAUCGAAUACUUACAACUCUUGGCAGACAACAGGCUGAAGCAACAGGAAAAAGAUUACAGGAAUUAGGAUUACCAUACUCCAUGAUUAUACAAUCAACAAUAGUCAGAGCUAAAGAAACUGCUAAAAUUAUAAAAAAAUAUCUUAACGAUAUAAUUGUUGAGGAAGAUUCUGUUCUUAGUGAAGGUAUGCCAAUUGCACCUGAUCCACCAAUUGAUAUUUGGAACUCUGAAGUCGUUGUUUAUGAAGAUGGACCUAGAAUAGAAGCUGCAUUUAGAAAAUAUUUUCAUCGUCCAGAACCCAGCCAGGAAAAGGAUUCAUAUGUUAUUCUUGUUUGCCAUGCAAACGUUAUUAGAUAUUUUGUAUGCCGAGCAUUGCAAUUUCCACCUGAGGGUUGGUUGCGUUUAAGUCUAAAUCAUGGAAGUAUUACAUGGGUAUCUAUUCGAUCUAAUGGGAGAGUAACACUAAGAAAUUUAGGUGAUAGUGGACAUAUGGAGCCACAGCUUAUUUCAUCUUAUUGAAACUGAAUGAUAUAACUUAUACCUUUGUUUAAUAAUGAAAUAUUUAAGUUAUGCAAUUUAUAAUAAGUAAUAUAGGAACAAAAUAUUUUUGAUUAUUCAUUUGUGAAAUAACUAAUAUUAUAACUUCAUCAUAAAAAAUUUUUGCAAGCAUUAUUAAAUAUCAAAAAUUAAGUUUAAUAUUUGAAAUAAUUUUAAAAUUAAGAAAAAUAUUUAUGUUUUCAUUACUGUAUGUUAAUAUUGUAGAAUUUAAAGAGGUAUAUUAUAAUUAUAAUGUGCCAUCAUUUGUUUCUAUGUAUAGAAAUUUAUAUUUUAUAAUAUUGAAAAGACAGACGUUUUUCCGGAAUACAGUGUAUCAUUAGUGCAAUUUCUAUACAAUUUUAUAUUACAAAUGCUAUAUUAAAAAAAUGUUAUCAUA